CGUCCGCGCUCGGCCGGCCCUCCCGCCGCCUGUUUGUGAAUGAGACGCUCAGUUUCUCAAUGGAGCCGCGGGGGGCUCGGGCGGACGCGGCGCGGCCGCAGCGCUGGCCCUGAGCCCGGAGGGGGGCGCCUUUUCCUCGCUCCCUCCCCUCUUCCCUCCCUCCCGCCGCCGCGGCUUUUGAGGAACGGGGCUGAGAGGCCGCCGCGUAGGUCGCCGGGGCCCGCAUCCCCGAGGACUCCGCCUCACGCUCCGGAGGAGCCGGAGCGCGGCCGGGGGAGCCAGACGCCGAGGAGGCCGGCGGCCUUCGGGAAAUUUCCGCCGAGACCCUCCGCUCUGGGCUUAGAAAGUUCUUGAGUUCGUAUUUCCUUUUUAAAUCCCGGUUGGCUAUUAGCUCUUCGCCGGCACCUUUUUUUUUUUUUUUUUUUUUUUUCCGGGAGAGGAGGGGGAGUGCGGGGAAAGGAGAGAAGAAAAUAAAAAAGGAUUUCCGCCCGGAGAGAGCGACAGUUGUGAGAGCUUUUCCUUCAGGAGACAGGAGCGGCGUUCGCGGCCGCCGCGGGCGCCCGGCCCCGCCGGCCCCACCAUGCGCGAGCCGGCCUCCGGCUGUUGAGGCACGGAGACGCGGAAGCGUCGGCCGGCAGCACCGGGCUCUCGGCGCUCCCGGGCGCGUUCGGUCGGCCGGGCGGCGGCGGCGGCGGCGGGAUGGAGCCCGCGACCGCGCCCCAGCCCGACAUGGCGCCGGAGCUGACCCCGGAGGAGGAGCAGGCCACCAAGCAGUUUCUUGAAGAGAUUAACAAGUGGACAGUUCAGUACAAUGUUUCCCCUCUCUCUUGGAAUGUGGCUGUCAAGUUCCUCAUGGCCCGGAAGUUUGAUGUGCUCCGUGCCAUAGAGUUGUUCCACUCCUACAGGGAAACACGAAGGAAGGAGGGCAUUGUGAAGCUGAAACCUCAUGAGGAGCCUCUCCGUUCUGAGAUCCUUAGUGGAAAAUUCACCAUCUUAAACGUUCGGGACCCAACAGGAGCUUCCAUUGCCCUCUUCACUGCCAGAUUACAUCAUCCCCACAAGUCAGUCCAACAUGUGGUACUUCAGGCUCUGUUUUACUUGCUAGACAGAGCUGUAGAUAGUUUUGAAACUCAGAGGAAUGGACUGGUAUUCAUCUAUGACAUGUGUGGUUCUAAUUAUACCAACUUUGAGCUGGAUCUUGGCAAGAAAGUCCUAAACCUGCUAAAGGGAGCAUUUCCUGCUCGUUUGAAGAAAGUGCUAAUUGUGGGAGCACCAAUAUGGUUCCGAGUGCCCUAUUCCAUCAUCAGCCUCCUCCUGAAGGACAAAGUCCGGGAGAGGAUUCAGAUAUUAAAGACAUCUGAGGUCACCCAGCACCUGCCCAGGGAGUGCCUUCCAGAAAACCUGGGUGGAUACGUCAAAAUUGACCUUGCCACUUGGAAUUUCCAAUUCCUACCCCAGAUGAACGGCCACCCAGAUCCCUUCGAUGAGAUCAUCCUGUUCUCCCUCCCUCCUGCCUUAGACUGGGACUCGGUACAUGUUCCGGGUCCCCACGCCAUGACCAUCCAAGAGCUGAUGGACUAUGUUAGCACCAGACAAAAGCGGGGGAUAUAUGAGGAGUAUGAAGACAUUCGCCGUGAGAACCCUGUUGGCACUUUCCACUGUUCUAUGUCUCCAGGAAACCUAGAGAAGAACCGCUAUGGGGAUGUGCCCUGCCUGGACCAAACAAGAGUGAAGUUGACAAAACGAAGUGGCUAUACUCAGACAGAUUACAUCAAUGCCAGUUUCAUGGAUGGCUACAAGCAGAAGAAUGCUUACAUUGGUACACAAGGCCCUUUGGAGAAUACCUAUCGUGACUUCUGGCUCAUGGUAUGGGAGCAAAAAGUCCUGGUGAUUGUCAUGACCACCCGCUUUGAGGAGGGCGGCAGGAGAAAGUGUGGCCAGUACUGGCCUUUAGAAAGAGACUCUCGGAUCCGAUUCGGCUUCCUCACGGUGACCAAUCUAGGCGUGGAGAACAUGAACCAUUAUAAGAAAACAACGUUAGAAAUUCACAACACGGAGGAACGGCAGAAACGCCAGGUGACCCACUUUCAGUUCCUGAGCUGGCCAGACUAUGGUGUCCCUUCCUCAGCAGCUUCUCUCAUUGACUUCUUAAGAGUGGUCAGGAACCAGCAGAGGCUGGCCGUCAGCAGCAUGGGUGCACGCUCCAAAGGGCAGUGCCCUGAGCCACCCAUUGUGGUCCACUGCAGUGCGGGCAUUGGCAGGACAGGUACCUUCUGUUCACUGGACAUCUGCCUGGCACAGCUGGAGGAGCUUGGCACCCUUAAUGUGUUCCAGACAGUGUCCCGCAUGAGGACCCAGAGGGCCUUCAGCAUCCAGACCCCUGAGCAGUACUAUUUUUGCUACAAGGCAAUCCUGGAGUUCGCAGAGAGGGAGGGCAUGGUGCCCUCCAGUCACAACCUCCUGGCCAUGGAGGGUCAGUAACUGUCCCACGAUCCUCCUACCUGCUGGCCAUCCUUCCUUAAACUACCCUGGACACCGCUGAGCCUGUAGGUUGCCACCAGUUACGCUGAAGCAAUGGACCAACCUUUUACUUGUGUCUCCUGGCGCACUCGUGCACGCAAGGCAGUCUUUCCCUUUGGCUAGAUAGAUGUGGUGAAGUUGCCACUAGAAAGGGCCAGCAGCAAUGUGUUCUUAAUUCCUAGCACCUGCUAUCGAACUGUGCCUUAUUAAAACCAAAUUGUGGCUAUCGGUUUUUGCCAGGGGCCCCGAGGUAAGUGGGGAAGGAACCUCCCUCCCCCCUUUCCCAAUGCCAUUCUCCUUCUCGAGGUCUCUUUCCCAUUCCUUCCCUUUGCUAGGAUUUGAUGGGGAGGUUUGGUAUGAGCAUCCACCCUCCUUCCCAGAGAGCUUGACCAAGUUACAUACUUUAGAGAACGUCCCCAGUGCCAAGCACGUUUAUACCUAGGGCGUGUAUUCCAGUCUUUUCUGUCAUUCUCUCUGUGUGUGUGUAUGUGUGCGCACUUACAUGUAUGGGUCCAUAUGUACGUGUGUAUAUAAUAUAUAUUGUAUGUGAUAAUAUGGUCGUAUUCUAUAAAUACAUAUACACAGAGA